AUUUCAAAACAGGAAGUAGAAACCAGAGUGAAAUGUCAGUUCUUGGUGGGUUUUUUUUUUUGUUGGUCGCUUUGAACAUUCAACAUUCACUUUGAAUUUUUAAGACUUUGAAAGAAAUGCCUUUCAUAGAAUAAGAGAGUGAACUGGCUGUUAGGUUUAUUGCACAGUUAGCUGUUAUGCUAAGUCGGCUCGCUUUAAAAUCUUCAUUCUGUGCGAUUAAAGGAGCUGAGCCUCGAUGAGUAUCCGAGCGCUGUGGGUUAUCACCCACGAAAAGGGUGAAUCUGUAAAACUGCAAUUUUCCAGGCGGUACCCCACAGUGGAGUUUCGUGCUAAGACCUUUGCUGGAGCUCACUAUGUGUCUGUUCCUGAGGAUUGUGACAUAGCCCAGCUCUUACUGACUGAACUGGGCCUGGCAGACCCUGACAAGCCCUACAUUGUUGCAAGGGAUGACUGUUCCCGCGAGCAGCGAUCUCCUGCACUGGAGCUUCGUGUUGGUAGCUCAGGUGGGAGAACCGUAUGGCCAGUCCUAACCAUCGUCCAGGGUGGACUAAUCCUUGCCUGUCUCCCACUGAUCGAAGUCCCACCUGAUCCUCGACCUCCCCUUCCCAGCAUGGCUUCCAUCUCUCAGGGCUUAUCCCUGUUAUCUAGCCUACAGGGCUUCCUUUGUGGCACAGGGGGUAAAGCCCCAGAGCCGGAAGUGCUUGUCUCUCGCUUGGCAACCCUUCCUUCAGUACUGAUGCAGGUUUGUCCAUUAGGGACCCCCCUGGACACUCUUCCUCAGUCUGGGAUGCUGCCUGCAGCUUUGGCUCCAGGCCCUGGUGGUGCUCAGAAACAGCCUGCGUGGAAAACAGGGGUUCAUAGAGGGAGAGCAGUGGUAAGCGUGGCCCUCACAGAGAUGGUGAGGUCCAUGCAGUAUGGAAACCAGAGCAAACAGGAUCUGUGGGAUGUGCAUGGGACAGUAACAUGCAAAUGUGAAGUGGAGGGUGUUCUGCCCAAUGUCACGGUCACCCUCACGCUGCCUCCCAAUGGCUCACCACUGCAGGAUAUCCUAGUGCACCCCUGCGUGACGUCGCUAGAUUCCAGUAUUCUUACAGCUAGUAGUGUGGAGGACAACGAUGGCUCGGCCUUUUCAGGGCCAUACAAAUUUCCUUUCUCUCCACCUUUGGAGCCUUUCCGACUCUGUAGUUAUACCUCCCAGGUACCUGUGCCGCCUAUUCUUGGUUCCUACCACCUGAAGUCGGACGACAACCAACUCAAGCUCAACGUAGUCCUCAAACUCCACGAGAGUAUCAGAAACAGCUUUGAAUACUGUGAAGCACAUCUGCCAUUUUUUAACAGAAACCUAAUGGGCAACGUGGAUAUAAAAGUGACCUCAGGACAGUUAGAAGUUUCUAAAGAGAAGAAUCUGAUCGUUUGGUUUCUUGGUCAGAAAUUUCCAAAGUCACGAGAGGUAACUCUUGAAGGUACGAUUCAUUUCUCAGGGCAUUUUGCUGGACCAACAGACCCUAUGUGUACAGAUAUCACUGCAUAUAUGAAACUUUACUUCCGAAUACCUGAUUUGACUUUAUCUGGAUGCUGUGUGGACCAGCACUCUGUACAAGUGUAUUCCUCGACAAAGCCACGUAUCAUCACAACACGAGAACUGUUGUCCUCUGAAUACUACGUCUGGAACUCCACUGGAGAUACCCCUGUGUCUUCUGGACCUGUGAUACUGUAGCAAAAUGAUUAAGUACAGCACAGAGACCUUAAUAGCUGAUAAAACGCCAUGCUUGAUCUUUUUAAAUGAAUUAACUCCGGACAAAUGAGUGACUUUGUCACUAAAUAGACUGUGGCUAAAGAGGUAAAGCUACUUUUGACAUGAACUCUAAGCGUAAGAGAUGUACAGUAGGCUGGGUAGCGUCAACCUACUCAAGGAGAGCCAACCUUCUGCAGGUAUUUGUUCCAAUUUAAUCCAAAUCGACAUGCCAACCCUCUGUAUUUGUCACAAUAGCUGCCUUCAUUGUUUAAAGACUAAGUCAAUUGGUAAGUUUUUUUCAGAGAGUAAAAAUUGUGCAAUAAAUAAAGUUUAAAUAAG